CAACAAAUUAACCAAGAGGACUUUGCAUUAUGGCGGUGUGAAAAGUAUCCUUCCGCGAGAGUUAAGCGCAUCUUUUCCAACACAAACUCCUCCAGGUCGCCGCCAUAGAGACGUUUGUGAACCCUGAGCUGAGAUGAGUGAUGUGAGGGAAGAGUCGCUGCUGGAUUAUUUCUACUCCACCGGAGGCAGCUCAGGCAGAGUCAAAAACGCAGAUAUACUGAAGACGUUUAAGCCCUUUAUUGGCCACAGUGACGUGCAGUUACGUGCUAAAUACAGAGAGGAAUUCAAGCUGAUCAUCGACCGAAUCGCUGUGGUGAAGUCAGAGAAUGGUGAAAAGUAUCUCGUCCUAAAGAAGAAAUAUAGGCAAAUGCUGCAUGAGCGAGAUGCCAAACAUCCCUGGACAGACGGGGACGGACAGAGACGUUGGAGCCCAGGCCGAGCUCCGGCCACCGUUCAGUGGGACGCCACGACUUCUUCGCCUCACCAGAAGGAACAACAGCGUGAGCUGAUGUCACGUGGAGAGCCCGACGCUGCUGCAGAGACAGGAACAGCCUCCAUGCAGCACGAUGUUCUGCAACUUCCUGCCAUCCCAACCCGGGAACCCUCGGCACAAAGCAACGGGGACGAUGAGCUGGACAAAGAUUCAGGGUCAAAGUCCGAGUCGGAGCCAGACGAGGAGUGUACGGGCAGUAUGGGCUCCGCUGCGGUCGCUCUGGAUCCUAUAGAGAAGGAGUGGAUCUACUCCGCUGCAGGUGCUCGAGUCCCUGACCUCUCCCAUCUGCUCAGACAGGACCCCUCGCUGGCAAACAAGAAGGACUUUACCUCAUUUACGGCUCUGCACUGGGCUGCCAAACAUGGCAAAGAGGACAUGGCCGCUCUGGUGGCUGACGCGGGUGCUGAUGUCAACAUCAAAUCGGUGAGUGGAUAUACACCUUUACACAUCGCAGCGUUACAUGGUCAUCGGCAUAUUCUAGAACUGCUCAUCGUGACAUAUGGGGCCAAAGAAAACUUAAGGGACAACAGCGGCCAUUUUGCCUGCCAUUAUCUGAACAUCAAAGAACCAGAGGGUUCAGAAGAAGACUCCGACCUGCCGUUUCAAGUCACUCAGGCCAGAGAACCGAACAGGAACAGGAAGUUGGCAUCGUUGUUUCACUCCAAGAAAAAGUGGGGCUCAGCCGAGGAGCUGGCGCCGAUCGAGGAGGAGAGGACGCCGUCGCAUCAGCUCGUCCCUCCUCCAUUCAGACCCAGAAAAUUCUCCCGCUGAGAAAGAACAGACGACUCUGCCAGGUGUCCCACACUCACGCGUCCACUUAAACCUACAUGCAUAUAUAUUGACACACGUGAUGUUAACCUGUGUGUAUAUACAAUGGGAGUGUAAUGUGUAUGUAUUUGUUUUGCACACACAUACAUCAACACUUUAAACGCAUACAAGGCAUAUAUCGAUACUUUAAGACACAAUCACACCUCAACAGCUCAUCCCAGUAUACUGAAUACAUGUGCUUUGACAUUACAUAUGAGGUGCUGAAGAUGAUGCUUUGCUUUUAUGUGUACGCAGUAUUUAUGCUUCCCAUAAAAGUAUUUCUUGAAGUUUUUACAUUUGAAUGAAUGUUGAUAAAUGUUACUUAUGCCUUACAAUUUCAAAUGAACUCAGGCCACAUCUAUAAGCCCGCCUUUUGUUUGCGUUAAAGACUACAAGUAGACAAUUUAACUGCGAUGUUGUCCAGAUGAUCCAGAUUCACUUUCACUCUGUGAGGAUGAUGAGGCUGCAGUUAAAAUCUAUUAAAAUAAGCAGAUUCAUCUUUUCUUUUCUUUUUUUAAGGCGCACACUCUUUUGUAUGUUUUGGUAUUAAAAAUCAUUUGUACUUGCUUAACAUUUUCUAUAACAUACCAGAAGUUAUUUAUUUUACUUAAUUUGCAAAGAGACUAUAUUGUGAAAAUUCUCAUUUUGUAUUGAGUUAAUAAUUCUAAAAUCACAACUAAGGGGUCAACUAAGGGACAGAACCAAAGUUAUUGGGAAGGGGGGGGGGGGGAACCUUCUUGGUUUAACCAGCAUAAACCUCGACAGCAUUUUUACUAUUUUUUUGGACUUCAACAAUACAAUUAAUCUGCAGGGGAAACUCAUGAGAAUAAAAUAUAAAUCUGCUCUCAGAGUGGCCUUCUUCAAGCAUAAGACAAAUACACGACCCUCCCCCUUUUCUGACCCUCCUCCCUCCUCGUUGAACUGUCCCUUAUGACAAUGCAAUUAUUGAUUGUGCAGCUCCAACAGCUGUGUUGCAUUGCGAGUCACCAAGUGUGUGUGUUGUUGUGCUCUUUGUUUGUUUUUUCCAAGUAGCUUUUGAAUGCAGCGCUGCAUGGCAGCAACGCUAUAUUUAUCCAUGAAUGAAUGCCCCCGCAACAAAGCUAAUGUUUUUUGUUAUUAAUUAAUGAGCUAUUUCAAGCUAGUUUCCAGUACAUUUUCAAACUGUAAGACAGUAGCUUCUUGGAAGGAAUCACAUUAGUCUAAACAGUAACACUAUGCUUUGAAAGAUCUUUGGCAGUAAAGUGUUUGUUGCAAUUUGUAGUCAUGGGCUCCAAAUAAAACAACCAGUGUGGUCUCUAGUUUCAGACAUUGUUUUCUCUGUUGUAAAAGAUGCUCGUUGUAACUAUUUGUUCAUACUUCAGUGCCAUUGUCGUGUUUUUUUAAAGAUAACAUUUUAUUAUCUAGACUAGAAAAAAGAACUGCCUCCAUUACAUCUUUUGCACAUUAUUUUUAUCAUGAAGCUAUUUUGAUAUUAAACUUUAUUUGAGAUCAAA